AAGAAUCUAAAACUCAAUUCGUUAUUGAUGCAGUUUAUGCUUUUGCUCACGCUCUACACAAACUUCACAAAGAUCUAUGCUUACCAAGAAGUAAUCAAAACGAUGAAAUCACAUCUGGUUCUGCAAAACGACUCCAUCGCCACAAUCCAUCUGCUUGGUAUCGAAAACCUCUUGAUAGCGAGUCCCACGCAUGUCCCGAAAUGGCAAAUUAUGACGGCAAAGACUUUUACAAUAAUUACCUUUUGAAUGUGUCGUUCAUUGACUUAACUGGAAGUGUUGUGAAGUUCGACCGACAAGGAGAUGGGUUAGCGCGAUAUGAUAUACUUAACUAUCAGCGUUUGGAAAACUCAACCGGUUAUCAAUAUAAGGUCGUUGGUAAAUGGUUUAAGGAAUUGGAGCUCAAUAUAGCGGAUGUUGUGUGGAACAAGGAGUAUGACUUGCCAACAUCUGCCUGUUCUUUACCAUGCGAAUUAGGAAUGAUCAAAAAACAACAGCUUUUCGAACAACUAUUCUCAAAAUUCGAUUGAUGGAAAUAUUAACCGAGGAGUUCAAACCAAUAUCUUAACAUCACGGAAAGUUUUAAAUAGAAUUGGUAUGAAAUUCUUGGAAACAUACGUUUUUAAUUAGCUGUUAAAAAGAAUAACAGCCGUCUUUUGAUUUCGUUAACACAUAGAAUCAUUGAUAUGUAACCCACUUGUGUAAGCGCCCACCAUAAAAUAAUUGCGAACUCCGUGCGCGUCGAAUUUCAGGUGUUCCUUUUCUCUCCGUUUCCUUCCGUAAUCCUUUCGCUCCUCUUUUAUACUCGUUCCUGAGCCUAACAACAGCUUUAUCGUGGU